AUGUCGCUCGAUCCCAACGACGGAUUUGUCGCCGCCGAUGCUGCGGAUCUGGAGAGCGGCGACCUGCCAAUCUUUACGAUUGAGCGGGUGCAGCUGCAGUUCUCGAUAGCAGCCGACUUUGCCGCUGCGCAGGUUGCGAACAACGUCAUCAUCCUGGCCUUGUCGAAUGGCCGCAUUCUGCGCAUCGACCUGAACCGGCCCGAGGACAUUGACGAUAUCGACCUACCAAAGAAGCCAUCCGAUAUUGGCAUUAUUCGACGCAUGUUCCUCGAUCCGACAGCGUCGCAUCUUUUGAUUUGCACAACGACUGGCCAGAAUUUCUAUCUACAUUCACAAUCCAAGCAGCCUCGAGCGUUGAGUAAAUUGCGCGAUGUUGUGAUUGAAAGUGUUGCCUGGAACCCUUCCUUGCCUACUGCUUCCACGAGAGAAAUCCUUAUUGGUGCCGCCGACGGCAACAUCUACGAGGCCUUCAUAGAAACGUCCAACGAAUUCUACAAGAAAGAAGUGAAGCAUCUCAAGAACCUACAUAAGCUUCCAAAUGAGCCCAUCACGGGCCUCUGGGUCGACAACUUGCAUGGCAAGGCAGACUUGCGCAGGAUUAUGAUUGCUACCCCAAGUAGACUGUUCCACCUCGUCGGUAGGAUUAGCCAUGGCUAUGACGGUAGCGGCUCUGUCUAUACAAGGAUGUUUGAGACGGAGCAGCCCGUCAUCCACGAGCUUUCAAGAGUUACUUCUGGGGCAAAUUCCACUUUCGUCGUGUCUCCCGAUCCACCUGAUACUAGCCCUCAUGACGACGAUGUGCCGGAUCGAGCAUAUGCUUGGCUAUCAUCACAUGGCGUGUAUCACGGAAAACUAUUAAAUUCACCUACAGACGCCGCGCUUGGAUCAAAGAUAUUUGCAGAAUCUAAGAUGCUCCCCAGAGCUCAAAUCGUUACCCAGGGCGCAGGAAGCAAGCGGAAGCCGUCCACAGAAACAAUCGAUGCCAUUGCUCUGACCCAGUGGCACAUUGUAAAUCUGGUCGGCGGCCGUGUCAUUACUACCAACCGUCUGACUGGAGAGAUGGUGUCGGAACAUGACGUACUGUCCGCCGGGCAGAAGCCCAUUGGUUUCUCCGUAGACUCUCAAAAGAAUACCUUUUGGCUGUUUACGUCUGAGGAAAUCUUUGAGAUUGUGGUGCGAGAUGAAGAUAGAAACAUUUGGAAGAUUAUGAUGGAGACUCAGCAGUUUGAGCCAGCUCUUCAGCAAGCUCGCUCGCAAAUGCAAAAGGAGACUGUUUCCGCGGCGUUUGGUGAUUACCUCUCUACAAAGGGCCACUGGAGCGAGGCUGCGAUGGUGUACGGCCGGAGUAACAAGCCAUUUGAAGAGAUUGCACUCAAGCUCAUCGACAGCAACCAACCCGAUGCACUGCGCAUCUUCCUACUUACGAAGCUGGGUACGACCAAAAAGUCUGCUGUCAUGCAGAGAAUAAUGGUUGCGAGCUGGCUUGUGGAGAUCUUCAUGGCCAAGCUAAACUCUCUCGACGAUGCAAUCAUCACUCAGACAGAUUUGACAGAGAGAAUUAAUCCUGCCGAAUCAAGGAACCAAAUGAGUGCGGCGAAGAAAGAGUUUCAAGAAUUCGUUAACAAAUACAAGAGCGAUCUCGACCAUAGGACAGUAUACGACGUGAUAAGUAGCCACGGUAGGGAAGAAGAGCUUUUGUACUUUGCCAACGCUAUCAACGACUACAACUAUGUCUUAUCAUACUGGGUACAGCGAGAGAGAUGGACUGAUGCGCUCAAUGUCCUGAAGAAGCAGACGGAUCCGGAAGUUUUCUACCGAUACAGUACUGUGCUCAUGUCGCACGUGGCACAAGAUACAGUGGAUAUCCUUAUGAGGCAUCAAGAUCUCAGUCCACGAAAGCUCAUCCCCGCUUUGUUGGAAUAUCAUCGCGACUUUUCUGGUGAAGGAACGGCCCAGAAUCAGGCCAUAAGAUAUCUCAACUAUGUGGUAUACCAGCUCAAUUCUACCGAUGCCGCGGUUCACAACACUCUUGUGUCCAUCUACGCUUCACUCCCUUCCAAAGAUGAGUCGGGACUGCUAGCUUACCUUCAGGCGCAAGGCGAUGAUCCUCGAUACGAUUCCGACUUUGCCUUGAGACAGUGUAUCCAUCACCACCGAACCCUCUCUUGUGUUCAUAUAUACACCAGCAUGGAGCAGUAUCUUCAGGCCGUCGAUUUGGCACUCUCACACAAUGAGGUGGAGCUAGCAGCGGUCAUUGCUGAUAGACCAAUGUCAAACCCUCAGCUGCGUAAAAGGCUGUGGCUGGCUGUUGCCCGGAGAGUCAUAUCUCAGUCUGACGGUAUCAAGACGGCGAUUGAAUUUUUAAAGAGGUGCGAUUUGCUCCGGAUUGAGGAUCUAAUUCCCUUCUUCCCUGAUUUUGUGGUCAUUGAUGACUUCAAAGAGGAAAUUUGCGAGGCCCUCGAAGAUUAUAGCCGAAACAUUGAUAAUUUGAAGAAGGAAAUGGAUGAGUCUUCUCAGACGGCCGCGAAUAUCAAGCUAGAUAUUGCUGCUUUGGAUCAUCGAUACGCUAUUGUGGAGCCUGGCGAGAAGUGCUACGUAUGUGGGCUGCCACUCCUGAGCAGGCAGUUCUUUGUGUUCCCUUGCCAGCACUCUUUUCACUCGGACUGUAUGGGGCGGAAGGUUUUGGAACAAGCUGGUGUUGCCAAGUCGUCCCGAAUUAAAGAGCUUCAAAUGCAAAUUCACAAGGGACUUGUGAGCGGUGCGCGGCGAGAAGCUGUUGUUGCUGAACUUGAUGCCUUGGUAGCUUCAGCAUGUAUUCUUUGCAGCGACUUUGCCAUCAAGAGGAUUGACGAGCCUUUCAUCACUCGGGAUGACAACCUUGAUGAGUGGGCAUUAUGA